AUGUCAAGGCGGCCGGGAAACCCUUCACGGCGAUUUGGCGGUGGCGGAAGCCUCGGAGGGAUUUUGCAUCCUAAACCUCGUGCUUCCCCUUUAGUUAGCAUACUCCUCGUUCUGGGUGUUGUCGCUGUUGUUGUCUAUUUUUAUAGAGACUCAUCAGGUGGAAUCAACAAAGUAGCACUUAGCAGGAUUGAUGGUGAGAUGACAUGCACGUCAGAGGUUUCAAGAACACUAGCCUAUUUAAACAAGGCAUAUGGUGACAGUAUGCACAGAGUUUUGCACGUAGGGCCUGAUUCCUGUUCAGUGGUCUCCAAAUUGCUGAAAGAAGAAGAAACCGAAGCCUGGGGAGUGGAGCCAUACGAUAUCGAGGACGCCGAUGUCAACUGUAAAAGCCUUGUGCAUAGGGGUGUUGUACGUGUUGCAGACAUCAAGUUUCCUCUCCCAUACCGACCCAAAUCCUUCUCCCUUACUGUUGUCUCUGAUGCAACCGAUUACCUCUCCCCUAGAUACCUUAACAAGACACUUCCUGAGCUCGCAAGAGUCUCCUCUGAUAGCCUAAUCAUCUUCACAGGAUCUCCAGGUCAGUCCAAAGCAAAAGUUACAGAGCUAUCAAAAUUUGGGCGUCCAGCGAAAAUGAGGAGCUCAACAUGGUGGUCAAGGUUUUUCAAUCAGAUCAGCCUGGAGGAGAAUGAAGCUGCAAAUAAAAAGUUUCAGCAGGCUGUCACAAAAGAUGGGUACAAGCCCAAGUGUCAAAUCUUUCAUCUCAAGUCUUACCACUGA